AUGCCUGUCCCUCCACCCUCCCCUGCCCUGAGUUCACUGCCUGACAAGGCGGCCAUGGUGGACACCGGGCAUGUCCUUGUGAAGGACACGGGGGUGGAGGCAUCAGAGGCACCCGUCACCCACCAGCUUGGCCUGACUGUGUCAUUUCAGGAAGGAGAAGAGGAACACGGGACAGCCACCAAUGCCACUGGAGGCCUCAAAACAACAGGGGAGGGGGGUCCGAGGCCCCUGGGCUCGGGGCGCCGAAAGAACCGUCGCGAGCCAGGCGGGGGUUCCCAUAACGAGGCUUUAAUGAGGGGAGAGCAGACAGCCUUUGUGGAGGAGCGCAAGGAGGCGGCGGCCCGCCUGGGCCCUCGCCGAGGUCACUUCCUUCCCCGGGCCCCGAGCACCGUGAACCCGCUGAGGGCCAGCUGCGGCCACCAGGCCAGGUGCCCACUGCGGUCACUCUUGGACCCGCGACACCCUUGCCGGCUCCGAACUGCGGCAGGAAACGCAGCACCUCCGCGCAACAAUGCAAACGCGCUCAUUACCAUCUCGUCAAUAUGCAUGAAGAAAAUGCGCUAG